ACAGUCGAACAAGCAUUAAGAGAUUAUGUACUCUGUUGUUCCAGUUCAGCAACCCUUGCUUAAAACAAAGGGCGCUGUUCUAAUUCAAUGCAAAAUCUUGAGUGUGGCCAAGGUGCAGUCAAUAAGUAAGCACACACGCUAUAAGCCAUGGCUCGAGGUACGGGCGGACGCUGCCGCAGUCGCUGCCUGUCAUGUUGCGGCGCCGUGUUACGCCGUCUCCGCAAAGAUUUACUCCUCAUUCUCAUCAUUUUGGGUGUUAUUAUUGGUUUCAUCAUCGGCGCAUCAGUAAACGACUCGAUAAACGCUAUCAAAGACCCAGAGAAGAAAGUAACUGCCAUCAUGUUGAUCGGGUUCCCAGGCGAACUCUUCAUGAACAUGCUCAAGCUUUUGAUUCUGCCGCUCAUCGUCGCAAGCUUGAUUACAGCGCUUGCCACGCUUGAUUCCAAAGCGACGGGCAGAAUCGGCCGUCGAACCGUUAUUUACUACUUCGGUACUAUGCUAAUUGCUGUUUUGAUCGGAAUCAUCUUGGUCGUCGCCAUUCGUCCGGGAGCGCGCAGCAGACCUGACCAAGAGGGAGAUGUUAAAUCGCUGGCGAGACCUUAUCGAAACUUGGACUCUUUUCUCGACUUGUUGAGGAGCUGUUUUCCUAAAAACAUUGUGGAGGCAACUUUCAUCCAGAAAAGAACGCAUUACAAAUCAGUCCCACCAGAUGUGCAUCGAUACAACAAGACGAUAGACAUAAAGGAACUCUCGCCAAACACCACGAUGAAAAUUUUCACUAAUGGCACUCACAAUUUUACAACUAUGGAAGAAGAGCUCGCCCCAGGAUCAGACCUCGUUCCCGCGGGACUCGAGAUAGCCGCCCGAAAUAUGAACGUCCUCGGGUUGGUUGUGUUUUCCAUUGUGUUCGGUAUCGUGUUGGGACGUGUUGGAGAGCGUGGGUUGCCUGUGAAAGCCUUUUUCGAGUCGCUAAAUGAGAUCAUAAUGGAAUUGAUUUCCUUGGUCAUGUGGAUCUCUCCAAUUGGAAUCUGCAGUUUGAUCGCUGCCAAGGUAGCAGGCAUGAGUGACAUCGGACAAGCUUUCCAGAUGUUGGGUUAUCUCAUGGGAACUGCCAUUACUGGGUUUUUCGUGCAUGGCAUUAUCGUGAUACCGCUGAUUUACUUUGUAUGUACCAGGAAGAACCCGAUUACCUAUAUUAAAAACCUCUCUGAUGCCAUGGCAACAGCGUACGGUACGGACUCCAGCGCGGCCACUUUGCCAACCACCAUAAAAUGCGUGGAGCAGUACAACCAUGUCGACAAGCGUAUCAGCCGUUUUGUUCUUCCGCUGGGUGCUACCGUCAACAUGGAUGGAACGGCUCUGUACGAAGGCGUUUGCGCCCUCUGGAUCGCGCAGCUGCAUGGAGUCAGCCUAGGUCCUGGAGAGAUCAUCACUAUUGUGUUAACCGCUGUUGCCGCUGCUGUAGGCGCAGCCGCAAUCCCAUCUGCAGGCCUGGUUACCAUGUUAAUCGUGCUGCAAGCUGUCAAUCUUCCCCUGGAUGACGUAGCUCUUCUCUGGGCCAUUGACUGGUUCAUGGAUCGUUUUCGAACCGUUCUUAAUGUUCUUGGAGAUGCUGUGGGCGCCGGCAUAGUGGCGCAUCUGUCACGUGACGAGCUGAAGGAAGCUGACCAAUCAAAGAUGGAAGAAGGCGAUAAGGAAGGAGAAGGUACUGAGCUGAUCAAGAAACCUGAAGAUGACCCAGAUCAGAUCGUGUCUAACAUUUAAGUCGCUAAUAACAUGGGAUCCAGUAGAGGGGUAUACCAUAACACUACAAUAGGCUUACGAGAGUUUGCAACCUGGCUGAUGUUCUUGAUUUUUGAUGUAACCAAGCUACUUGUCAAUGUAUGGAAAGGAUCUAUGAAUUGAUAUGGCGUUGUAGAUAACCUAGAAAUAAACUAAAAGCUUGUAACAAUGUCA